AUGGCAGACUCAAGGGGUGGCUCAUAUGCCACCUUUCGCUAUGCCUACAGCGGUACCGCAACAACUGUUUCCGCAAACGACGGCAAGGAUGCCUGA